AUGGCUGCUUCUUCUUCUCCUUCAUCCUCUCACCUUACUCUUCCUCAUCGAAUCUCCUUUCUCCUUCCUCUUGUUGUCUUUCUUUUCUCCUCCUCGGUGACAGGCGCGCUCGUAUCGGACUCGACGGCGCUCAAAGGUGUUGGUCCUGGCCAACGAGCUCUGAAUGUGAGCCUUACCUCGUGUGAGCGUAUCCAAGUUUACGGUUAUUCGAGAACCGAAUUAGCGAAAUACGCACAUUCUUUAAGGCUAAACUUGGCUCCUUUGGUAAAUGUAAGAGAGAGGCUACACAGCAAAAUCCAGGUUUGUGUUCACCGGAAUGCUUCACUUGGAAUGUGCAAGUGUGAGAAAGCUGAUUGGAGAAAUCUUCAGAGAGGGCUUUGGAGCUCUGUCAUGUCUCCGUAUGAUAAGCAAUACGUUGAUGUGAAAUUCAGUGGUGAUUCGUCUGUUUCGGUUACCAUCUCCGUUGCAGAAGAUUUUCAGCGAUGGCGUAUUGUUUGUCUUGUGGCUGGACUGGUGGUGAUAUUGGCAGCACCGGUUGUGAGCAGCUGGCUUCCGUUUUACUACACCAGUUCUAUGGCUGUUGGAGUCUUUCUCGUCGUUCUUAUCAUUAUCUUCCAGGCUAUGAGGAUAUUGCCUACUGGGAGGAAAAACUUUAUGUAUCUUGCAUUAUAUGGAUCCGUGGUAGGGUUAGGAUCAUUCAUUCUACAUCAAUUCUCAACGAUGGUGAACAUGAUUCUUGUCAACUUGGGGCUGAGUGACGACAUGUACAAUCCAGUUGCAAUACUCUUGCUUGUGGGGAUAGUCAUCACAGGAGCUGCUUCCGGAUUCUGGGCGGUGAGGAAGUUUGUUGUAUCUAAAGACGGAGGUGUGGAUGCGAGUGUUGCUCAGUUUGUGAAAUGGGCGAUGCGUUCUGUUGCCGCCACGUUUAUUUUCCAGAGCACUCUUGAUACCCCUUUGGCGAUGGGAGCUUUCGUUUCAGCUAGCUUCCUCGGUUUUCUUGUGAGCAAAAUGCUUCACAAAAGGAAGAGCGUUGUAGCUCAAAGUCAGUGGCUGGUUCCUGCUGGUAAAGGACGUCCGAUGAACGGACGAGCUGAGUUCUUGAGCCGUCCUGGAGGUGGUGGAGGACUGUGGAACAGUGCUAGGAGGAGUAGUGUACCUUCACAUUCUGGAUCUCCUUCUAACGGUGGUGGACCGUGGAACAGUGCUAGGAGGAGUAUUGUACCUUCAUAUUCUGGAUCUCCUUCAAACGGUGUGAGGCAUAUGAUCUCGCCGUCUUUUGUUGACCGGAGAUCACCGAUUGAGAGGAAGGAUUUCUAUUCAACGUACCACAGGACGCCGAACAGGAGGAAGCUGUCGAAGAGAGAGUAUGAAGAGUUGACAGUAGAGACGACGAGGGAAGCAAUGGCGGGACUUACAGCUUCUCCAGGGUUUAGUGAUUGGUUGAUUGAGCGUGCUGAUAGAAUCAAGUUGCUUUCCGGUGAAAGUUAUGAUGAUGAUAAUGAUGAUGGAUAUGGUAGUGAAUCUGAUUCAACCGGUGAACAAUCUUGGAGAGGUUACUUCUGGUAG